AUGGCGGACAUAUCAGGCAUGGUGGAGUUUGAGAUGUCAGAUGAGCCAAGUGCGACCUUUCCGGUCGGCGCCGGAGGGCCGAUCAUGAAGAUCAUGCGAUUCUUCUACCCCAUCCCAGUGCAUUUGCUACAUAUGUUUACAGGACCUGUCAGCUUGUAUUCAUUUUUCCACAUUCUUCGACAAGCCCGUGGGGAGAACAACAUGUUCAAGAAGCAAUGGGACUGGCUUCGGACUAAAAAAGAGUGCAACCGUUGCGGAGGCUUUGAGCAUGAAAUCUGCCCUGUGUGCGAGUCUCGGGGCUCCCUUCCCUAUGAGAGCAAAUUUGCCCAGGCCAUGUGGACAAACGUCCACAACCCGGAGCUGCUUGAGAAAGCAGACGCAGAGGGAAAGGAGUUAGCAGACCUGGUCGGAGGAGAAGCAGGGAAGAUCGUUGGCAGGGCGCGGGGCCUGAAGGCGCAUAAGGAUGAGCUGAAUGCGGAAAUGGCAUACAGCAUGAGCAAGUUCAAGGUCCUGGGGCAGAAGCCUGGGAUGCUGCCGUGCAAGGCCUGUGACGGGGAGGGCGUCAUCAAGUGCCAGGGGUGCCAUGGCGAUGCCAAGAAGAUCGAUAAUUGGCCGGAUAUCGACUACUACAUGCACGGACCGGGGCGGGCAAUGGACCAGUGGAUCAUGACCAACCCCUAUGGUCAGCCCGUGACCGACGUUGAAAGGGAGUUCCUGGCGAACGACCCGCACACCGCCAAGUGGUGGACGCUCCGCAAGUACCUGGUGGAGGGGCACAAGGAGCACCUGACGCCUCGGGAAAAGAUGGAGGCUGCAGAGGAGGUGGAACAGUUUUGGUGGGACGAGACAACACGGCGUGCGAUCGUCGAGCGGCGGCCCGGGUGGCGCGAGAACCUGGAGUUGAUGAAGAAAGAAGACCCUGCCUGGGUGUUCAAUACGUGGGGGGUCAACCGGCAGUUGGCGCAGGGGCCUGAGGAAGAAGAAGAGAUCAACAACGACCCGCUCUCGCUGAUGGAGAACCUGCAAGAGUCCCCUGAGGUGCGCAAGUUGCGCUACAUGGUGAUGGGCCCUUACACCAAGCAACUAGAGAUGUACGGCCUGGAUCCCGCCACGGGCGCGAAGGUCCGGGACGUGCCCAAGUCGUCCGCACGCAAGAUCACCGAAAAGUUUUUGGAUCUGUACGGAGACGAGGCGGACAACUGGAUAGACCUGCGGCGGACGACGAACAGUUUUGGGCUGCCCAAGACCGCGACGCCGCUCCUCCAGGCUGUGCUGUUCGAUGUGCCCAAGGAGAUGAGGAGGCUGAAGAAUGAGCAGCGAGGAGAUGAACUGGCCGCCUGUAUGAACCACCCGACCAUCGUGAACCAGUACGCAGAAUAUAUUGCUGCACUAGAAUCGGGAGACCCUGAUGCAGCUGUCGAGCUGGCUGGGAAGAUGGACAAGAGCAUUCGCGAGCUGGCCCUUGCGCAGUCCGUUGAGCGCGAGGAGAAGCGGCGCAAGCAGCGCGAGGCGGGCCUGGCGCGCAUCGCGCAGUUCAAGCAGGACGACGUGGACGCGGGGCUGGCGGCCGUUGAGGCCGCCUCAGAAGUGGUGCCCGAGAUCGUGAAGCAGGACCCAGAGGUGCUGGCGAUCGAGCAGUCCGUCAAAUCCAUUGAGACCGCUCGGGAUGCGGCGCGCGACCGACUUCUCGCCCUGCGGGAGCCGACGUCCUUCUUCUCGCGCGAGUACGAGGAGUGGCUGCAGGCCUGGCACGAUGCCAAGCGCUACGAGAGUCUUCACACCAUCCGCGGCGCCGCGCUCGUGCGCAAGAUGGAGGCUAUUCGGAAGACGACGGGGGUGUUCCCGGCCGCCCAGGAUCGAGCGCAGGUGCGGCUAGUAAUGCACGAAGAAGACCGGCUACGACAUGCGGAAGAAAAGCGGCUUGGGCGGGAUCUUUCGAGGGAGGAGUUCCGAAACAUGCUCAUUGAGCAAUGGCGAGGACAAAUUCUGGACAAAGAUGCUCUGGAGAAGGUAUACCAAGACCUCGGCCCGGACGCGGAGGACGUCAUCUUCCGGAUGGCCGUGAAAGAGAGGCGGGACGAGCAACUAGAGCAGGCGCACCGCGAGGCCGGCAGACUCGGCGAGAGGGAGGACCAUUACGUGGCUCUGAAGAGCAUCGAAAGCUACGAGCUAGCCGAACAGUACGGGUGGGACGGCAUCAAGCAGCUGACGUACCCCACCGUCCAGUACGCCCUGAUGGACGAGAAAGCGGCGACAGAGGAGAAGGAGAGGGUGCAUCGGGAAGCGGUCGAGGCGCGGCGCGCCAAGAUCGCAAAGCGGGGCCAGAUCGGGACUCGCCUUGCAGAGACGUUUCAGCCCGUAACCGACGGCCUCGGCAAGACGAGGCGCAUGAUCGAGGGGAUCAUCCCAAAGCCGCGCCCCAAGACGGACGGCAAGGAGCAGGCUGCGGCUGACGUCAGCAAGAUGGACAAGCGGCAGGAGGCGAAGCGCCAGCGGGAACUAGAGCGGGCGCGCGCGGCGGAGAAGAUGCGCGCCAAGAAGGAGGAGAAGGCGCGCGCACACAACGACCGGAAGGCGUCGUUCGAGAAGUCGCUGGACGAGAGGUUCGACGGGGUGCUGGCGUUCCUGGACCAGAAAGUGUUCAACCCAAUGGAGGACUUUUUCACGGGGCGCAGAAAGCUCCCGCCGAGCCCGGAGCUCACGGCAUCCGAGAACGCACGCAUUGCACGGGAAGCUGAGCGUGCACGCAAGGCCAGCGCCAAGCAGGCGGCGAAGCUGCCCGGUGUUGCGGCAGCGGCGCAGCGCAAGAUCGAAAGGGCGGAAGCGAGGAAGAGGCGAGCGGAAGAGGAGUUUGAGGCGUGGAAGAGGGAGUUCCUUGCGAAGCCCGAGAACAGGGAGUCGGCCGCAGCGGAGUCCGUAAUCGAGGGCAGAAGGCAGAUCGUUGCUCUGGAGGAAAAUUGGUUUGCGUCCGUGAAGCGGAGGGCGGAGCACGCGGUGCAGCGCGCGCAGGUCGCGGAGCAACUAGAGCUGGACGAGCAGCUCGUUCUGGAAGCGGAAACGGUGCGGGAGCAACUAGAGCGGGAGGAUCUGACCGUCCCGGAGCAUGUCGACGUCAGGCGGUUUUUGCUGGAGGGCACCGUCCGGCCCGACGUUUUGGAGGCCAUCUUCGACAAGGAGCCGCUCUUCUCGCGCGCCACGCCCGGCGACCUGCUGCUCGACGAGGCGGAGCGGGAGUACGACGAGUCCGUGCGCAACAAAAUCCGGGAGCAGGUCGAGGAAGUCGAGAAAGAGCGCGAGACGGAGAUGCUUGCUGCUGAGGCGCCCAUCAGGCAGACCAAGGAGCAGAUGGCCAAGGACCUGGACAGCGCCCGGCGGGCCUUCCGAAUCGAGUCCAAGCGGCCAACCCUGGAAACGAGCUCCAAUGACGACAACCAGCUGUGGAGGCAGCAGUGGAACAAAUUAGGCCAGGAUGACUGGGUGUCAAAAACCAGGACCUCUUUGCAGCUAGCAUUCAACACUCAAGAGAACUCUCAAUCUCAGGACAGCCCCCGACCCGUUGCAUUUGCCACGCUCAACCCCACGUUGCUGAGCUUUGGCGGGCCUUCGUGGCAGUGGAAAAAGUAGUACAAUAGUUGGAGGCUUACUCGCGGAAGUCAGGGCUAAGGUAAAGAGACGAGACGAUGGCCGCAAUUGCGGUUACUAGAGCUAGGGGUGAACGAGAGCGAGUUGAUCAGUGGCAAUCUUGCAAACAGACCGGACCUCGAUCAUGUGACGAGCCUGAGAUUUGGUCGCAGCCUGCAUGGCUGGCUUGUAUCCAUUGCACUGUAUUUGCGAAGGACUUCAGAAGCGUUCUCUGCUCGGUAGUUAGUGGUCAGUUAAUACAGCAAUGCCAUACAACGAGGUCAUUCGCUCGUUGGCUUGUGAAAUUGUCAACCUAUCAAAGUCGGUCGCUAAUGGAAAAAUGAAGUGAGUCACAACCUGAAUAUCAAUACGUGUGACCUUCAA